GCGGUUGCUCGCCAAGGGGACGCACGAUGCUCUGCCGGCGCUGUCUUGCCAUUCUCUUCAUCGUCAACGUGCCUAUCGUGACGUGCCUGGAGCCGGACUUCCAGUACCCGAUGGAGAACAUAACGGUGCCGAAGGGCCGCGAGGCUACGUUCACCUGCGUGGUGAACAACCUCGGUGGAUACCGGGUGAGUUCUUCCUCCUCCAAGGGCAGUGAUCAAGGUGGUGCCAAUCCUCGGGUGGCCUGGAUCAAGGCGGACACGAAGGCGAUCCUGGCGAUACACGAGCACGUCAUCACGAACAACGCCCGGCUCAGUGUCACUCACAACGACGCGCACACGUGGACCCUCAACAUCAAGGAUACGAGGCCCGAGGAUCGGGGAACCUACAUGUGCCAGGUCAACACGCAGCCUAUGAAGAGCCAGAGCGCAUACCUGGAAGUCGUCAUACCACCGGACAUCAUUUACGAGGAGACCUCGGGUGACAUCAUGGUACCUGAAGGAGGAGCCGCGAAGCUUACCUGUAAGGCGCGAGGUUAUCCAAAACCGGAUAUUAUUUGGAAGCGAGAAAACAGCCAGGACAUUAUCUUGAGGACGCUUAACGGUGGCAGGCAUAAAGUACCACAAGCCCAAGGCGAAGUUCUGAGUUUUCCGAAUAUCGGUCGGAGCGAGAUGGGAACUUACUUGUGCUUGGCAAGUAACGGAGUACCUCCAACGGUGAGCAAGCGAAUGAUGCUGCAGGUCAAUUUCCGGCCGCUGAUAGAGGUGCCGAACCAGCUGGUCGGGGCACCGAUGAACACCCUCGUGACACUGUCCUGCAAAGUCGAGGCCUCGCCGAAGCCGAUCAACUACUGGACGCGCGAAAACGGUGAAAUGAUAAUCAGCAACGACAAGUACGCCAUGUCCGAGGAGGUGGUGAACUUGUACAGCGCGUGGAUGCACCUGAUCGUCAAGAAGAUGAGCAAAAGUGAUUUCGGCGGCUACAAGUGCAUCUCGAAAAAUUCGCUUGGCGAUGCUGAGAGCGGCAUCAGGCUUUACGAAAUCAAACUCCAGGAGCAGAUGAACGAGCACGGCGGCUCGAACGAAUUGAACGGCCGGGGUGGCAAGGACGAGCACAGCAGCAGACUGAACCACGUGUACCAAGGCUCGCUGCGUGAAAACGGAGCCGGGGGCUCCACCCUCGUGCCGAGCGAUGGCAGUGGUAGCGCCGCUGCAGCCGCGGCGGCCGCCAGUGGCAGGCCCGCGACACCACCCUGCUUGGACGACCGCGCGAGCACCGGGCUGCUACUGCUUCUUGGGACUCUGCUCGUUUUGGUUACUGCGGCGUAG